AACUUGUGGAAUCUUGUUUAGAUUCAAGAGUCCCAAUACUUUCAUUAUUAGCUAAAUCAUCCUCGUACAGAAGCAACCUAUCGCUACACUUCAGAGUUACGUUGUGGCCAUCAAUAUGCCACCGCUGAAGAUAGCAAAAGCCAUGAUGGAGAUGAAAAAGUCGGCGGUUCUCUACCAUUGUCCUUGCCCCGACGGCGCUUUUGCAGCUCUUGCCGCACACCUAUAUUUUGCAGCUUCUUCUCUUCCCUCUCUCUUUUUUCCAAAUACAGUUUACAGUCCCAUUACGCCCCAACAGCUCCCUUUGCAUGAAAUUGAUCAUCUUUAUCUUCUUGACUUUGUGGGGCCUCCCGGUUUUGUGCAGAAAAUUGCUCCCAAAGUUUCAAGGGUUGUGAUACUGGACCAUCACAAAACUGCACUUGAGGCUGCAAUUGAGGGAGACAAUGUGAUUAAAGUAAUAGAUAUGGAGAAAAGUGGAGCGACAAUUGCUUAUGAUUAUUUCAAGGAAAAAAUUUUAGAUAAAACGGUGCUUAGUCAGUUAGAGUAUGCUAGAUUACUUUUUGACUACAUUGAAGAUGGAGAUCUUUGGAAAUGGAAACUUCAGAAUAGUAAAGCCUUUAGUAGUGGGUUAAAAGAUCUAAAUAUAGAGUACAGUUUUCAACAAAACCCUUCCUUGUUUCAGCAGUUACUUUCUUUGGAUGUGGAGUCCGUUAUCAGACAAGGGAUGGUGAGCUUAUCUCACAAACAAGAAUUAAUUGAAGACAUGCUUGAUCAGUCAUAUGAAAUUGCACUUGGAAGUGGAGCUUUUGGGCAUUGCUUGGCAGUUGAUGCUGAUUCUGUUGCAGAAUUGAGGAGCGAAUUGGGCAACCAGUUAGCUAUUAAAAGCUGCAAUUUAAAUUUAAGGGGCAUUGGAGCCGUUGUCUAUAAAGUACCAGAGCUUAAAAAUGAUAAGUUGGUUAAAAUAAGCUUAAGGAGUGUAGAGAGCGAAGACACAACACCUAUUUCACAGAAAUUUGGAGGUGGAGGCCAUCGAAAUGCCAGUUCAUUCAUGCUAAGCACUGCAGAAUUUGAGCAGUGGAAACUGAGGUAAACUCCUUACUGCAGGCAACUUAUAGUUGCUUGUAUCUUUUUUGGUAUACCUCAUGCAAGACAAGGAGGUGGCUACCACAUGUAAGAAGAGAAAACAAAAUAAAUGGAGGCUGCUGUCUAGAUUGCUUUGGUUCUUUUCUUUUUGGUUGAAGACUGUGAAAGCGAAUGCCAUUUAUUUACUAAUUAUUUUAUUUUCCGUCAGCCUUCUCUUAAUGUUCUGAUUUCCAAUAAAUUGUAUACAUGUCUACGUACCAUGUAUAAGUAGGUGCUGAGCGUUUUUGCUAUAUAUGUUGAGAAGCAAAAUCAAUACUGAGUAAUGUAUAGACCACCAAGAAGACAUUUCAAUUCGCUGCUUUUAGCAAUCCCAAAGAACUCAUGUUUCUUUAGGCUGAGGUCAUCCUCUUGUACUUGUUUUUAAGAGAUAAGAGUAUGAUGUGAAGGAAUUUUAUCAAACUAGACUUAGCCUGGAUUUGCAACAA